AUGUUUGUCAAAUUAGAGAAACGUUCAGAUCGGGUAAAAAGCGUAUCUUUCCACCCUCAUCGUCCUUGGUUGUUGAGUGCACUUCACUCAGGUGUGAUAGAACUAAUUGAUUACAGGAUAAAAAAACGAAUAGCAACAUAUGAGGAUCACAAAGGGGCAGUCCGAUCAGUUGAAUUCCACCCACAAUUGAAUCUGUUCUGUUCUGGAGGAGAUGAUUUCACAGUGAGAGUGUGGAAUUUUAAAUAAUGUCAAUUUAUAUUGAAGGGACAUCUAGAUUAUGUUCGAUGUGUAACAUUCCAUCCAACCAAUCCUUGGGUGCUCUCUGGAUCUGAUGAUCAAACAGCCAGAGUCUGGAACUAUCAAAGCAGAUAAACCAUAGCCAUACUCACAGGACAUACUCAUUACAUAAUGUCUUGUCAAUUCCACCCCACUCAGGAUUACAUAGUGACAUGUUCAUUAGAUCAAACUGCCAGAUUGUGGAAUUACGGAGUGCUUAAACAGAGAUAUGCAUAAAAGAAGAAUCAGGAGUACGUACUCUCUGGAGCAGAAGUAUAGGUGAUUGCAAUUAUGGAUGGACAUAAAGAUUAACUCAAUUGGUGUUCAUUUCACAAAUCAGAGCCAUUCAUCAUCACAAGUGGCGAUGACAAAAAUAUCAAAUUGUGGAAAUACAAUGAAAACAAAGCCUGGGAAGUCGAUUCGCUUUCAGGACACACCAAUAAUGUUUGUUGUGCUGAGUUUCAUUCAAAAGGAGAUGUCAUUAUCUCAGAUUCUGAAGAUCACACCAUUAGAGUUUGGGAUUGUAAUAAAAAGUAAAUUGCACUUUAUGAAAACGUACAUUUCGAUCGUUAUUGGACUGUAGCCUGUCAUCCUAACAAUUACUAUUUUGCUUGUGGUUCUGAUACUACGCUUCAAGUAUUCACAUUACAUAAAGAUCGAGUGCCUGUACUCUUAGUUAAUGAAAGGUAUUUGUGCAUGGCAGAACAGAAAAUACUUAAAGUCAUCGAAUUGAACUCAGGACAAUAAUAAACUAUAAGAGAUAUUUCUACUGUCAUUACUCCAACUCCAACUGUCCUUGAGGAUAGCAUUGAAUCCAUUGAAUACAACACUUAUGACACUUAAAAAACACAAUUAAUGGUUAGAUGCAUUCGAUCUCUCAACAAGAAUUAAUCUAGAAUAAAGAGGCAUUUGCUUAUUGCAUUUCAACCUCAGAAAGGGGACUAAGGAGUUAAGUAAUUUAAUUCAAAGUCAGCUUGCUUCAUUGGCAAAAGCAAAAUUGCUCGAAUCAAUUAGGAAUUAUAAAUUGAGUUAUAUAAUUAUGAAACAGAGGCAGUCUCUAUAAUUGAUGAAAAACCCGCCUCGAAGCUAUUCACAGCCCCUGGAGGCAAAUUAUUAAUAUAUAGAGAUAGUAGGGAAGAGCUCAAAACAUUUCAGGACUAUUUAGUAUAUAAUCUCAACUACUGGAGCAAUAAGAACCAUUUAGAGUUAUUUGAUCCACUUGCUAAACAGGGUUUACAUUAAGUAGAAUACACAGAUGCCAAGUAUGCCCAAUAUCAUGAUUCCUAUUUAAUAGUAUAAGGGAAAUUAACCUUGACUAUCUUCACUAAACAACUUUAAAAAUUAAUUGAAAUUCAAGAAAAAGUUAAUAUUAAGUCAUUUAUUUGGGUUAAUAACUUCAUAAUAUACACUACAAAAAGUUAAAUUAAAUAUUUGUUAUUGAAUGGCGACACUGGAGUGUUAAAGUCUACUGAAAAUAUUCUCUAUUUGGUCAAAGGAGAAGAAUAAUAGUAAAAUAAAUUAAAAUUAAUAGCAGUUGAUAACACUGCAUAAUACAUCAAUUAAAUUUUGGAUAUUCAGGAACCAUUAUUUAAAAUUGCCAUAUUAAAUAAGGACCUGAGUGCAAUUCAUAAAUUUGUUGAGAACAAUUAAAAUGAAGCUGUACUCUCCUACUUGUAUUAAAAAAGAUUAGCAUCUGUUGCUCUGAAAUUAGUCAAAGAUAAAUAAGCUAAAUUUUCACUUUCUUUGGAUUCUGGUAAUUUAGAGUAGGCAUACAAAGCAGCAAUAGAAAUCAAGGAUACAAAUUUGUUUGAAUAAUUGAGGUCAGAAGCUCUAAGACAAGGCAAUAACCUAUUGGUUGAUGUUUGUGACUAAUAACUCAAUCAAUUUGAUAGAUUGGCCUUUUUAUAUCUGUGUACAGGUAACACUGAAAAGCAAGAGAAAUUACAAAACAUAUAACCAAAUUACAUUUACUAAUCCUAAACUUCAAAAUUAAAAUCUAUCAGGUAGAAUCUACCAAAAUUAGCUCAAAUUGUAGAUCAUCUGAAUGGCAAUAAUCAGAAAUUGGAUUAAAAUUAAUCAGAAACAAUUGAGUGGAUAAAAUCACUCGGUGGAAGUCAAGCUUUAAUACCACCAAAUCCUAUCAUGAAGUUUAAAAAUGAUCCAUGGCCUCUCUAUUAAAUGAAUGAGUAAGAUAUAAUCAAUCUUGAAGUUACUGAAGAAUCAGUUGUACCUUAGGAUAUAUUCACAAUCUAAAAAUAAGUAGUAGAAGAAGCACAAGUAGAAGAAUAAAUUAAUAAUGAUGGUUAAUGGGGACUAGAGGAUGAACCAGAAGAAGAGUUCUUUGAACCAAAAGUGAUAUAGGAAAAGGAUAAGAGCAUAGAUGAACAAGCAUUAAGGGGAGUGUUCUUGGAAUAAAAGGGAGAUGUGGCUGUUAAGUAUUUUGCUGCAGGAGAUUACGAAGGAGGUAUAAGAUUGUUAAAGCAACAAAUAAAUUUGAGUAAUCACUAAUAGCUUUUGAAGUUAUUAACAGGGGGAACUUCAUUUUAAGUUGUAUCUUCAAUUCCUUAUUUAAGUAAUUCCACUCUCCCAGUUAAAUUAAAUCGAUUGAAUGAAGUUAAGACACUUAUCAAAUAAGGAUACAAAUUUACGACUGAUGCCAAAUUUGAAGAAGUCAGCAAUUGUUUCUAAUAGGUGUUACAAAAACUAUUACUAACAGAUUUUGAAGCAAACCAAAUAGAAGAAGUCAAAAAGUACAUUAAUAUUAGCAGAAAUUAUAUGAUUGCAAUGAGAUGUGACUCAUUCAAAAAGGAGAGUAAUGCUUUAGAAAUGGCUUGUAAGAUGGCAACAAUAGAAUUACUACCUACUCAUAGAAUCUUAACUUUGAGAUAAGCUCUUAGUAUUAGCUACAAAUAGAAGAACUUUAUCACAUGCUAAUAGAUAGCGAAGAAGCUAAUUGAAUUACUGAAAAAUGAUACAACUCAAAAACCAGAAGUUCUACAAAAUGCAUAAAAAUAUGAGAAAGCAUCAUAAUAAUAAAAUACAAAUGCAAUAUAAAUCGAUUUCAAUCAAAGUUGGCUCAAUGAAUAGCCUAUUUACUCUGUAAAUACACUCAAAAAUCUUUAAAAUUAUAAGGCAUGUCCAUAUGAUGGAAGUACAUAUGAAAAUGAUUAUUCAUAACUUUGCUUGGUUUGCGGAUUAUGUUUAGUUGGUAAAGCUCCUGGACUGAAGAACCUUCAAUAACCUUGA